UCGUGCACGUUUAGUUAACAGGUUUUCGUUUCUCCUUGCUUUAGUUUGGGACAUUUCAGAUCCGAAAUCACUGAAGCCUGUCGUGAAACUUGUGAUCCUGUGAUGUUGGACGGGAAGGCUUGGAACCGAGCUUGGUUCCACCUUUUGGUGUUCGCAUUAUGUGGACUCAUGGCUCACUGCCGGUCUCAAAGCAAAGGCUUUUCAAAGCAGCGGACUCUCUUUUUGGUUGGAAAAACUGGCUCUGGAAAGAGUGCAUCAGGAAACACCAUCUUGGGCCACUCAGCAUUUAGAGAAGACGCCUCGGCUGAAUCGGUGACAAAAACCUGUGAGAGACGAGAGAGACUGGAAGGUGACAGGAACAUGGUGGUGAUCGACUCCCCUGGAUUAUUUGACACAGAUAAAACACAAGCACAACUCAAAGAAGACAUUGAGAAGUGUGUUAAGCUGUCAGUUCCUGGGCCUCAUGCUUUUCUGUUAGUGAUAAACUUAAAGUCGAGAUUCACAAAAGAGGAAAAAGACACUGUGAAGUGGAUCCAGGAUAACUUUGGCUCUGCUGCUGCUUCUUACACCAUAGUCCUGUUCACUCAUUCUGACUUGCUGAGAGGUAAAUCUGUUGAGGUCUAUGUGGCAGAAAGCAAAGAACUACAAACUCUAAUAGACAGGUGUGGAGGAAGAUACCACUCGUUAAUCAAUGGGCAGAGUUCAGACAGACAACAGGUCACAGAACUUCUGGAUAAAAUAGAAGAAAUGGUUCAAAGAAAUGGGGGAGACCAUUACACCAAUAGUAUGUACAAAAAAGCCCAGAGGGAACUGGAGGAGGAGGAGUUAAGGGCGUGGUGGGAGGAAGAAGAGAGAAAAGAGAGGAAAAGGUGUAAACAUGAAUAUGAAGGAGAGCGACAGAGGGAUAGAGAGAAGAGGGAGAGAGAUGAAAAGUUCCGUUUUUGGUGUAAAUUAUUAAGUCAUACUGCCAAAGUAUUGAUGAUGACAAACUAUUUCUACCUUGUGAAAAUAGGAGGUGGUAUUGGUUUCCUCGUUGCUGACUGUGAACUCAUAGGCUAUGUAUUUUCUUAAAGCAGCAGAAAAUGUGUCUAAAUGAACCAAUAUAUACCGUUGAUCACAACAGUGAGUGAACUGUUUAGCAGUAAUCGAGCUGGUAGACGACGAUAUCUAAUUUACAGAAUACAGACACAUAAAAUCCACCCCUUGGAUGUCUAUUGUCAAUACGAACAAUUCAGGCUCUGUGUUUUGGGUUUCUCCUUCUUAGUUGUUUAUUUUUUUAAAUUCAUAUUAUUUUGUGCAUAUGAAAACAGUUGUCAUCAAUGAAAGUUAAUGAACAGUUAGUUAUCCAGACACAACUCAUGCACAGUUUAUGCUCUUCUGCAGAGACUGAAACAUGUUCACCAGUUUAGUGACAAGUUUGGCACAUCUCUGACUGAGAUGAAAAACUGUUUAUUUAUUAUUUAUUAAUUUUUGUAAAAAAUCUGACUACUGUCGUAAUCUUUUGCUGUCGUCUCUGUGAGUAAUUGAUAAGAUUAUAACAUUUCAUGUGAGAAAUUUUACACAUGAAAGCUGGAAAUAAUAUUACAUCUGUAUCAAGUGGAUUCCUAAAAAUGGGGGUGGUUUUCUGCUUAGCAACAACUUUCAAAAACAAAAACAAUGCACUAA